CGGCUCCACUGAUGCCAUUGCUUUAUCUUUACGUCUUCCUUGGAGCAUGGUCGGUUGAAUUUCUAGCUUUCUCAAAUGGCGUACCUUCUCCAAUAAGUUUAUUCUCUGUGAUCGAAACAAAGGAAAAGUAUUUCCAGAUAUUGAUACCAAAUUGCAUAAGAUAUACACAGACAGGCAACCUUGGUGCAGACUUCAUUACCUUUCUUCACACUCAUGAGAAGCUGCAGCACAAAGAAACUUUAUGCAGCAAGGUUUCUUUGACACUACAAGUAGUCUGUGCAAACCUCCAGUUAUUUAAGGAGUUCAACUUGCUUGUUCAAUUUCGUAUGCACCGAAAUAUGAGAGGCAUAAGAUGAUUACUAGUUCAAAGCAAGUGGAUUCUCCAACAAAAAAGGAAGAGGAUUCAAAUGAUGGCAAGAUUUCUAAGGCUUCAUCUAGCUCAGCACCAUGGUUAAGGUUGAAGGAUCCAAGAAUUGUGCGAGUGUCGCGUGCUUUUGGAGGAAAAGACAGGCAUAGCAAAGUUUGCACCAUUAGAGGGUUGAGAGAUAGGAGAGUUAGGCUUUCAGUUCCCACUGCUAUUCAGUUGUAUGAUCUUCAAGAUAGACUUGGCCUUAAUCAACCAAGCAAGGUAGUUGAUUGGUUGCUUAAUGCAGCCAAGCAUGAAAUUGAUGAGCUCCCUCCACUCCCAAUGCCACCAGGGAACUUUUCCCUGAAUCAUCAAGCAAUGCUAGGUUCUUCUAAUGAAGUUGGCGCCUCACGGUCUAGCAAAGAAGUGUUUAAGAUGAACAACGGCGUCGAUUGGGAGGAUACAAGUGGAUUUACUAGACCGAGUUUCUGGAAUGCUGAUGCAAUUUUGAGGGCUAAGUCGAAAGAGGUUGUGACAGAUCCAGUGAAUGAGAAAGAAAAUUGGGCUAAAAGAGAUGAAGAAGAUAAGGAGGAUGGCAGUAUUGAAGGGAAUACUGCGCAAGCUUUAUCUAGCAGUUUCUUACAAAGAGCUAGUCAUUCUUCCUUACCAGGUUUGAUAAAUAAUGCCAUGCCUUAUGGUUCUUUCUUUCAUUUAGAACCUCAAAGUUUUCCAUUAUCUCAUAUGGGAAACCAUGGAUUUGCAACACAAACAGGAGACAUACACAACCUAAAUGUCGUGCCAUUGUCAUCUGCCUUGUCUUUAUCAUCUGGCUCUCAAAUUUUAGUGUGUCCACCUGGGACAACACAGUCUUAUUUCCCUUCACAUGCCACAGCUUCCAUGGAGAUUGAUCCGAGACAAAUCAACAACUUUCAGUGGUUGACCCCAAGCACUCAAAAUCUCUUACCAAAUUCCCUUACCCCAAGUCCAUACCCUAUAAGCCAAUCCAUGAGACCUUCCCAGUAUUUCAGUGUGACUCCUAGGGUUCUCCACUCUCACAAUAGCGAAAGUCCACCGGACAAGGACCCACAAUUUCCUUGUAAAUGACAUGAAAGCAGUGCAAGGAUUGCAGAAGAAGAAUACAUGGCCCUUCUUCCUAAAACAAGCAAAGCUUCAGUUUGAUUUAGUGUCCCAGGCGAGAGGAAAAGGUAUUGUUCUAUUAAAAACUUAUACUAGAACACUUCUACCUGUCCUGUGUGUUUAUUUGCAGACAGUUUUUCUAAUGGUACUCAUAGUCACAAUCUCAUGUUUGAUUUCACAUUUUUGCAUUCUGGUGUCUGGUUCAUCAGUCCUAGGAGAGUGUUUUAUGUCGAACGAAUGGCUUGAUACUUGUGAGACAACCACAGAAUCUUAAUAAUUUGAUUUUCAGUUGAUUGAUCAUAGUGAUAGCAAUUUGUACAGGUCAUGGACCUAAUAAUUAUGAGUGUUAUAUUUGAUGUUGCAUCUCAAUUUUAGUUAAUAAAAGCUUAUAUAUGCUGUGCUGAUCAA